AUGAUUAUUAAUGAAGAAUCUUUCAAUCAUUCCCCGAAACCAAAUUAUUUUACAAAAAAAGUAUCAUCAUCAUCAUCAUCAUCAUCAUCAUCAUCAUCAUCAUCAUCAUCAUCAUCAUCAUCAUCAUCAUCAUCAUCAUCAUCAUCAUCAUCAUCAUCAUCAUCAUCAUCAUCAUCAUCAUCAUCAUCAUCAUCAUCAUCAUCAUCAUCAUCAUCAUCAUCAUCAUCAUCAUCAUCAUCAUCAUCAUCAUCAUCAUCAUCAUCAUCAUCAUCAUCAUCAUCAUCAUCAUCAUCAUCAUCAUCAUCAUCAUCAUCAUCAUCAUCAUCAUCAUCAUCAUCAUCAUCAUCAUCAUCAUCAUCAUCAUCAUCAUCAUCAUCAUCAUCAUCAUCAUCAUCAUCAUCAUCAUCAUCAUCAUCAUCAUCAUCAUCAUCAUCAUCAUCAUCAUCAUCAUCAUCAUCAUCAUCAUCAUCAUCAUCAUCAUCAUCAUCAUCAUCAUCAUCAUCAUCAUCAUCAUCAUCAUCAUCAUCAUCAUCAUCAUCAUCAUCAUCAUCAUCAUCAUCAUCAUCAUCAUCAUCAUCAUCAUCAUCAUCAUCAUCAUCAUCAUCAUCAUCAUCAUCAUCAUCAUCAUCAUCAUCAUCAUCAUCAUCAUCAUCAUCAUCAUCAUCAUCAUCAUCAUCAUCAUCAUCAUCAUCAUCAUCAUCAUCAUCAUCAUCAUCAUCAUCAUCAUCAUCAUCAUCAUCAAAAUGA